AUGUUGAUUCUUAUCUCCGGUACUCUUAGUGCGGGAAAGACUGAGGUUGCACGGUACCUUACGUUCCGGGGGUUUAAGUUACUAGAAUACACCAAAAAUAGUAACCACAUCGACAAUAGAGGUUCAGAUUUAUUGGUACAUCAACUGUUCAAUGGUCUAGAACAACUCUUAGCAUUUGUGACUGUUCAUUGGCGGGAGAAUUACGUGGUAAGUCAUGUAUCUGACGUGGAGAUGAUGCAGAUAUUAUGCAAAAGACCAUUUGUACUUCAUGUAUCUGUUGAUGCUCCGAUGACUUUAAGGUUGAAUAGAUAUAGAACUAAGAACACAACUUUUCCCGACAUUUCUCUUGAAGAUUUUGCUAUCAAGAGCGACCAAUUGUUGUAUAAGGAACGCUUGGUUGAAGUUUGUAACCUGGCACAAGUUAAGAUCAUCAACACUUCCGAAUCAGUCAAGGAUCUCUUUGUGAAGUUGGAAGAGUUAGACCUAUUGAAUAAGGAACGGUUGCGACCCACUUGGGACUCAUACUUUAUGCAGUUGGCCGACUUGGCUGCAUUGAGAUCUAAUUGUAUGAAGAGAAGAGUUGGGUGUGUUAUUGUUAGAGAUAAUAGAGUAGUGGCUACUGGAUACAAUGGAACACCCAGACAUCUAACCAAUUGCAAUGAAGGAGGAUGUAUUCGAUGCAACAGUGCCGAAGGUUCUGGAACGGGUCUUUCCACCUGUUUGUGUUUGCAUGCUGAAGAGAAUGCUCUAUUAGAAGCAGGAAGAGAUCGUAUAAGUAAUCAGAGUGUUCUAUAUUGUAAUACUUGUCCUUGCCUAACCUGCUCUAUUAAAAUCAUUCAAAGUGGCAUUAAGGAAGUCAUCUAUGCUCAAAGUUAUUCAAUGGAUGAUUUGAGUCAUAAAGUCAUGAGUGAAGCAGGCAUUAUACUUCGACAAUUCCAAGCUCCCAUGGAUGGAGUAUUUGUUUAA